GGAAAUUUCCCGCAUUACGAUAAGUCGUAAACAGACAAACAACAGAAACAAUUUUACAGCAGCAACAACGAUAGCAGCUACAGCAACAUGGACGGCUUUCGAUGUUGGCCACCGAUACAGUUUUAGCUAAUUCUCGUGUUUAACAGCAGUGAUGUUUCGCUUUGGGAGAUUUUUUGUCUUUCAAACUGCCUUGUUCUUCAUUUCUGAUCAAUCAGAGGCAGCAACCAACUCUACACGCUCUACGGCGCUAUAUUCCACAGUAUCAGUAGUGGUACCCAUAGCCACUUCAUCAGUUGCCUUAAUUAGCAUAACACCGUCUUCGACAUUUUCCGCAACCACAACGUCCGCGCGACCUGUGACCAACGCAACCACAGCACAACCAACUGUGACCAACGCAACCACAGCACAACCAACUGUGACCAACCCUACCACAGCACAGCCACCAGCUGGGGGAGAACAAGAGGCAGUGGUGUUAUAUGUAUCGGAUCUGACAUCAGCUAAGUUCGAAGAAAGAAGAGAUCAUUUUACUGCUACUGUGGAGAAAGUUGUGGAAAGCUACUGCUCGAAUUCAUCGCAAAAAUGUGACGAAUCAAGUCGAAAGAGGCGACAAACAAGUGCUUAUCAAGUGUACAUAGUUCCUGGAUUUCCAAAGCAGGACCCACACGGUUCUGGAGACCUUCUUGUGGGGUUUUUCGUCUCAAUAGGAGAAAACAAAUUUUUAUCGAAGAAUGUGUUGUUUGCCAUCGUCCAAGAGCCUGAGUAUAGAAAUAACCUCAGCACCGCGUUAGGAUAUCAAAUCACUGGUGUGGCCCGGCUUCAUUAUGACUUCAUCACGCCAACAGAAUUUUCUGGGACAUCUGGCAAGACAAUGCUAUUGUAUUUGUAUUUUGCUGGGUUUGCUGGUGCCGUACUCUUAGCGGGUCUGUGCAUAGGCGUCACAUGCUGGUAUGGCCGCAAAAAAGAGAAAGACGAUGAAGUUCGACCUUUGACCACAAGUAACUUGCACCUCGUCGAUAAAUGAUAAGAGCUGCAAAAACGCCAUGCCAUGGUGUCGAAGAAGUCAUUACGUGUGCAAAGUUAGUGGCCAUGUCACCAAAACGUUUUUGAUUCUAGUGUUCAUUUGUAAAUAAACUUUCCAGUUUUUAUUUGUAUCUGUAAAUAACUCGCUUCAAAUGGCAGAUUCCAAGAUAAAGCCUUUUACAAACAAACAAACAAUUCCCAAGGUUCUACUGGAAUUAGCAAGAUCCAGUUAAAACUUAGUCAGGUUUUUAAGCAGGCGAAUUAAUUGGGUGCAAAAAGUAAUUUCUUUAAUCGAGUAUCCGCUUGAAAGUUACGACUGACUUUGCGAUAUUUUGAGAAUUCUUUUGCGCGGAGCAAAGCUUCCAAAAGUACAGGAAAACACCAAAGAGGCAGUUGUAAACUAAGAGAACGCAAGGAUGGCUUAGGAUGGAGAGGAUUAAAGCGGAUUAUAAGUAUUAAAUAUUAACAAUAAAGGCUGAAGUUUUCAAGGCCUCGCUAAUCAUGCCUCCGCUUCUAACAACCAGAAUUCCGAACCGUUCCAUGUGCCGCAAUUUCUUUGAACUCAAUAGGUUAGAUGAAGAUUUUUGUGAAAGAGUAUUGCUACAACCUACCUUACCUUCACAAUUUUAUAGUUGAUAUGUUAGUUUUCUAAAUAAAAUUAUCGCUGACUUGCGGAAAUGUUCAAUUAACUUAAGUCUUUUAGAAUCGCCUGGGUUUGUUAGUCUGUCAUAUACUUGUAGAAGUAGUUUAGGGAAGUCUAUUUAAGUUUUUUUUGUUGUUGUGCAAUUACAUGAAAUUGUAUUUGUA